GUUCAUGUUACCUCUCAAAUAAUGUGCGUAAAUUGAGUGUAUGACUUAAAUUGAAUGACUAAUAUUACUAAUUUGUAACUUAUAAAUUUAUCUUUUUAAAAACGUUUUUAACGGAAAUUUAAAAUUUGUUAAGUGUGACCGCCGCUGAACCGCAAAAAAAUAUCUGAAUUGCCGGCAAUCUACAGGGGAUUGAGUGGCCGCCUGCUGAACUUCUGUUGUUUAAAAGGAUGUUUAUUCCAAUUAAUCCAAGAUGCAGAUCCUCCUGAUUAGAAAUUUCGCCAGCAAGGUCAGCCGAGAGCACUAUGCCAGCAGCAGCCUGAAAAUUUACCGCCGAAUUAGGCCACCGCCAAAGGUAAACAAACCAAAAAAGACGGAAAGUUUGGUGGGACAACCGGAAUAUGCGGAGAAUCUUGUGAAGGUGCAGAUGAUUUCGAAGAAUCUGCACUCGCAGUUGUUUCCCCAAUCCCCUCGCUCCAUUUCAGAGCAGCAGGUAGCCUCCGCUAAGGUUUACCAGGAUGAGUUGCGCAGACAUGGUGUCGACAUCGAGAGCUGUGAUCCUGUGCCCGAUGUCCAGUUGAAAUUACCUCCUUUAAGGGGGGCCAAUAUCGAGGAUCAUUUUCACAACAUAGCUAAGGAACAGGUGUACCCUUAUGAGGAGCUACUAACGCCAUUGGUUCAAUGCGAAGAACUUCCAAAGCGCCCAAGGAAAUGGGCCUUCUUCACCGGAUGGACUGCCUAUGAUCCCGAGGAUGGUAAAGUUUCCCCAGUGGAUUACCCGCUGGAAAAGGGACUUAUCUUCGAUGUCGAGGUGUGCGUUAAGGAAGGACAGGCACCAGUUUUGGCCACCGCCGUCAGCACUAAGAGAUGGUACUCCUGGGUGAGUCCUAAGCUUACCAAACACCGGCUAAGUCUUCCGAAAACCGAGCCCCUGGAUGUGGACACGGAUACAGAGCGACCUCACUACUCCCCCGAUGAACUCAUUCCUCUGGGAACCAGGGGACCUGGUCUGGUGGUCGGACACAAUGUCUCCUACGACAGGGCGCGACUAAAGGAGCAGUAUUUAAUCGAGGAUACUGGCACCCGGUUCGUUGACACCAUGUCGCUGCACAUGUGCGUCAGUGGAGUGACGAGCUACCAGCGAGCCAUGCUAAAGUCCAAAAAGGAACCGGCUCCUGAGGAUCUGGGUUGGCUGGAGCAGAGUUCCCUGAAUAGUUUGGUCGAGGUGCAUCGCCUAUAUUGUGGUGGAGAACCCCUUUCGAAGGAGCCGAGGAACAUUUUCGUCGAAGGGACUCUGGAUCAAGUGCGUCAGAACUUCCAGUCAUUGACCAACUACUGUGCCGGUGAUGUGGAGGCCACGCAUCGCGUGCUCCGAGUUUUAUAUCCAUUGUAUGCCGAGCGUUUUCCUCAUCCUGCUUCGCUGGCUGGCAUGCUGGAAAUGGGCUCCGCCUAUUUGCCAGUGAACUCCAACUGGGAGCGUUACAUCCGCGAGGCACAGCUCACCUACGAGGAUCUCAGCAUCGAGGCGAAGUACCAUUUGGGACGCAGAGCUGAGGAAGCUUGCUCUCUGCUUCUUGAUGAUCAGUAUCGCCAAAAUCUUUGGCUGUGGGACGAAGACUGGAGCGUGCAGGAACUCAAAUUAAAGCAGCCGCCGAAGCGGAAGCCUUUGCCUAGGGAAGAGCGUCAGGACUUUGGAACAACAGCUGAGCAGCGUCGCCUCCAAGUAAAGUUCCAACACCUCUACGAUCAACGGUCACUGCUUCCAGCUCGAAGACCUUUGCUUCCUGGAUAUCCUUUGUGGUAUCGUAAAUUGUGCCGCAAGCCACCGAGCAAAAAGGAAGAUGAAAUUCUAGAGGAGGAAGAGGAGUCGUGGUCCCCGGGAGCCAGCGAGAUCAGUACUGGCAUGCAGAUUGCCCCCAAGUUGCUUUCCCUUUGCUGGGAAGGAUAUCCCCUGCACUACGAGCGGGAGCAAGGUUGGGGUUUCCUGGUUCCCUUUCGCAGUGAUGCGGAAGGAGUAGACCGACUGCCCAUGGAGCAACUUUUGGCGCGCUGCCCAGUGCCGGAGUUUGCUCGACAAUCUGCCUCGAAGUUGGAAAGUGAUAUGGCUUUUGAUAUGCUGCCUGGUCAGGUGGAACAGCAUUUGGGAAAGAGAGAGCACUAUAAGAAGGUAUCCCAGAAGCAAAAGCGUUUGGAAACUCAAUACCAAGGUUCUGGUGUCUGGUGCAACAAAGUGCUCGAGGAUUCUUGCUUCUUCCUCAAGCUUCCACAUAAAAACGGACCAUCCUUUCGCGUGGGUAACCCCCUGUCCAAGGACUUUCUUAACAAGUUUUCGGAGAACGUCUUGAGUAGUGGAGAUCCUUCUUGUCAAGCUGCCGCCCGUGUUAUCGACAUUGCACGCAUGAUGUCCUAUUGGCGAAACAAUCGCGAUAGGAUCAUGGGUCAAAUGGUUGUGUGGCUGGAUCCACAGCAACUGCCCAAGGAACUUACUGCAGAGAACGCCCAGCACACUUCCUACGGAGCCAUUUGCCCGCAGGUCGUAGCUUGUGGCACAUUAACCCGGCGUGCCAUGGAACCCACAUGGAUGACGGCCUCGAACUCGCGACCUGAUCGCCUGGGAUCGGAACUACGUUCAAUGGUGCAGGCUCCGCCGGGCUACAGGCUGGUGGGUGCCGAUGUCGACUCACAGGAACUGUGGAUUGCUUCAGUGCUGGGCGAUGCCUACGCUUGCGGAGAGCACGGAGCCACGCCCCUCGGUUGGAUGACUCUAAGUGGCAGUAAGUCGAACGGCAGUGACAUGCACUCCAUCACUGCCAAAGCGGUGGGCAUUUCCCGUGACCAUGCCAAGGUAAUAAACUACGCACGUAUCUAUGGAGCAGGUCAACUGUUCGCGGAGACACUGCUACGUCAAUUUAAUCCCACCUUCAGUGCAUCCGAGGCCAAGGCGAAGGCUAUGAAAAUGUUUUCUAUCACCAAAGGCAAGCGGGUAUAUCGCCUGAGAGAGGAGUUCCACGACGAACUGGAGGACAGACCUUAUACCAGCUAUGAGGCUUCCCGACUUGCUAUACAGCGCAACCGAACCCUUUCCGAGGUGUUUUAUAGACCCAAUUGGCAGGGUGGCACCGAAAGCGCCAUGUUCAAUCGGCUGGAGGAGAUUGCCACGAGGUCACAGCCGCAGACACCGUUCUUGGGGGGACGCCUCAGUCGGGCAUUGGAGGCGGAUGGAGGUCCCGAGCAGGAGCAACGUUUUCUGCCCACUCGCAUCAACUGGGUUGUGCAGAGCGGAGCCGUGGACUUCCUUCACCUGAUGCUCGUCAGCAUGCGGUGGCUAAUGGGUCCUAACGUUCGUUUCUGCCUGAGCUUCCACGACGAAUUACGAUACUUGGUCAAGGAGGAGAUGUCGGCAAAAGCUGCGCUUGCCAUGCACAUCACCAACCUAAUGACGCGGUCUUUUUGCGUUUCCCGCAUUGGACUCAAGGAUCUACCGAUGUCGGUGGCCUUCUUUUCGUCAGUUGAAGUGGACACUGUGCUGCGCAAAGAGUGCACCAUGGACUGCAAAACGCCAUCGAAUCCGCAUGGACUGCGAAUUGGUUAUGGAGUACAACCAGGUCAAAGUUUAAGUGUAGCGGAGGCAAUUGAAAAAGCAGGUGGCAAUGAUCUUAGUCAGUGGGAUUGGAUUAAGAAGGAUUAGCUUUUAGAAAAACUUAACUUUUACCAAUACCUGCCAUGUUGUUAAAUAACUUAAGUUCGGUUAGUAGUUCCUCUGAAAUAUAAUAAUGUAAUAAUAAUAAUAAGCUAUCAAUGCUAAGAAUAUUUUACUAAAGUAUACUGCAUAACGUGCAUAACUUUAUUUUUGACUCAAUGUUUAAAGCAAGCAAAACGAAAGAAACUACCUCGUUGCAUUUAUCUGAAACUAAAUGUUAUUGAAGAAUUUCUGUUGUUAAAUUAUUGUUUAUCAGUUCCCAAUAAAAGACUACAUUUUAGUCUAAAUCAAAUGACCUAUAA